GCUACUGCUGCAGCUGAGCGGGUACCUGCUAGACUACACGAGCACUGGCUGUGGGAGGUGUUGUGGAUGCAGGGGCUACGCAGCUCUGUGAGAACACACCUUAGGUACCCAUUCAGUUUGCCAUGCUGAUUACAUGGUGGUAUUUAUACCUUGCAGCUCGGAGCUUCGUCGAACAAUCAUUCAGAAUGGCUUCAGUCCUGCAGAAGCUGAUCACCCCGCUGUUCAGCGGUCCCCCUGAGCCCCCCAGAAAUAAAGUGACGGUGGUGGGCGUGGGGCAGGUCGGCAUGGCCUGUGGCAUCAGCAUCCUCCUCAGGGAGCUGGCUGAUGAACUGGCCCUGGUGGACGUGAUGGAGGACAAGCUGAAGGGAGAGAUGAUGGACCUGCAGCACGGCAGCCUCUUCCUCAAAACCCCCAAGAUAGUAGCAGACAAAGACUACUCUGUUACAGCUAACUCCCGCAUCGUCGUGGUGACAGCGGGAGUCCGUCAGCAGGAGGGAGAGAGCAGACUGAACCUCGUUCAGAGAAAUGUCAACAUCUUUAAGCACAUCGUCCCCCAGAUUGUCAGAUACAGUCCUGACUGCAUCAUCAUUGUUGUUUCUAACCCAGUCGAUGUGCUGACUUAUGUGACCUGGAAACUGAGCGGCCUUCCCAAGCACCGCGUCAUCGGCAGCGGCACCAACUUGGACUCUGCGCGCUUCCGCUUCCUGAUGGCCGACAAGCUGGGGAUCCACCCCAGCAGCUUCAACGGGUGGAUCCUGGGGGAGCACGGAGACACCAGUGUGCCCGUGUGGAGCGGGACAAACGUGGCUGGAGUCAGCCUGCAGACGUUAAACCCGGACAUCGGCACCGACCUCGACGAGGAGAACUGGAAAGAAACCCACAAGAUGGUGGUGGACAGUGCCUACGAGGUGAUCAAACUGAAGGGUUACACCAACUGGGCCAUCGGUCUGAGCGUAGCAGACUUGACAGAGAGCAUCAUGAGGAACAUGAACAGGAUUCAUCCCGUCUCCACCAUGGUCAAGGGCAUGUACGGGAUCACUGACGAGGUCUACCUGAGUCUGCCCUGCGUGUUGAACAGCGGAGGCGUGGCCAGCGUGGUCAACAUGACCCUGACAGAGGACGAGGUGGCCCAGCUGCAGGCCAGUGGCAGCACGCUGUGGGACAUCCAGAAGGACCUGCAGAACAUCUAACUGACCAGGGGGGGGCGACAUAACCUGCCCCUCACCUACCUCCAGUAUAAUCACUCUGCAAGCCACUAAAUGUCAGACAGCUCCACCUUCUGCACCUUCAACCCACAGCCCCCUGUAGAGUCACAGGUGUUUGGUGGGGUUAAACCCAUCGGACUUAGCUGUAGGUGUCAGUUCGUAUCCUCCCUGCAGAGAAGACCAAAGCUGACGUCAGUCAGACGCUCCGACUCAUUCGUCCUCAGCUGUGUCGCAGUGUGGGACAACGUAUUGCUCAUGUUGCUUUCGUGUGUAAUAAAGCAAGUUUGUUGGUCCUUGAA